GAUAAUUUAUUUUAAACUUCAAGCGAAAGAGUUAAGAAUAAGGAAACGAAAGUUUGAAAGAUCAGAUCAGCCCUUUAUAAUAAAAAAAAAUGGGACUUACCGGGUGUGGAAAAUUUGGAAAGGCAUUUCUCAUUCUCAUCAACAUAAUUUUCUUUCUGCUAGGACUUGGACUUUUCAUCCUAGGAAUUUUAAUGAAAGUCAAUGUAUCAGCAAUAAGUGACGAAGUAAAGCCAGCACUGAAUGCAGUCACCGUGACUAGUUUUAAAUUAGGAGACUUGGUGGAUAACUUAUCUAUUCUCUUUAUUGCCAUUGGUAUCUUUGUUCUCAUUGUCGCGGGCCUGGGUCUGUUUGGUGCGUGCUGUGAGGUCAAAUGCAUGCUGGUUACUUAUGCUAUGCUUGUAAUAUUACUUUUCAUUAUGAAAGUAACAGCGGUUGCCUUAUGGUUUACAAUGAAAGGUGAGCUGGAUGAUGCAGUUCAAACUGGCAUGCUAAAAUCCCUGAAGGCUUCAUACAAAGAUGAUACAAUCAACAGCCCCAGUGAUGUUUCUAAUGCAUGGAAUUAUAUGUUUAUGUCGUUAGAUUGUUGCGCUGUGAGCAAUAGUCCAACAGACUUUGAUAACACACCAUGGGACAAAGGUUCAAGAUCAGGCGCCAAGAUUCCCAGAACCUGUUGUAAAGGAGUUGAUUCCUCUGACUAUUCUACUGUAUCUAGCACCUCUCAGUGUGUCAAGGGCAUCUCAAGGUUUAAUGCAAAGGGGUGUUAUGAAGCUCUCCAAGAUCAAAUUUCGACAUACGGGAAUGUAUUUAUUGGAGUUGGAAUAACUAUACUAUUAAUCGAGCUUCUAGCUGUUGUCUUUGCUUGCAUGAUUUGCUACCAAACUGGAAAGGAUGAAAUAGUAUAAGACAACGCUCUUCUGUGGAGACCUGAAAGAACACUGUGAUACGUAGGACUGAGGCUUUUUAAAGACUAUUUGUAGAUAGUUCUGCAAUUCACUCUACUUAACCUUUUCGAAGACCAAUCAGACAUACAUAUAACAUAACCCGUUGGUUGACUCAAUCUUUAAAUACUUACUCAAAUAUCCUGAAGGUUCUUUUAUUAUAAGAUUAUAAAUGUUUCUUUUUGCCUAAAUGGAAUAUCAGUCCUUAUUUAUAUUAUGAAUAAGUAUGUUUUUCACAGCUGAAAAUUUUCAAGAAUA